GCAGUCGAGGGCAAGGUGUCGGCGGCGCGGGUGAGGGAAGCGCCGAGGACCGAAGCGGUCGGAGUAUUGAACGAUGUCAUUCGGGUCGUCUGUUCCAUCGGAACCGUCUGAUUUCGGUAAGAUCAUGAGGAAGUGGAUGCCUAUUUUAGAAAGUAACGGUCGGAUCGGGAUUAGAUCUGUACCGUUCAUUGGAGAGAUGAUCCAUGUAUUGAACGGCAGAGGAUCUCAGCCCGACGUGAAAUCCCUGAAAAGUUUCAACGGUCAUUCGAGUUUCAACUUUGACGGGUGUCCUCAUGGCUUUUUGUGUUUUUUCCUUCAAAGCGAGAAGAGGAAUACCGUUCUGAUGGAAGCCACGUCGACCUUCUUGAUGCAUCCUUUCCUAUUUCACGUUCAACAACUAUCGAGCCCGCCCUUUCUCUUUGAUCGGCAACCACUUCUUUCCGGUCCCCGACCUUCUUCAAGAACCUCUUGCUUCAAGAAAAGAACCUAAUCCUUCCCUUCUUCUCCACUUCUCUCUCCCUCCUCUCUCUCUCUCUCUCUCUCUCUCUCUCUGUUAUACUCCCCCUCGCUUCCGAUGGCUCUUCCUCCUCCUCUUCUUGAUCUUCCAAGUUACCCACAACUCGACUGCGAUGGGUUCGACCUCCGACCAGGCCAUCCUCCUCCACGGCGACCUCGACCUAGAGAUCAUCGCCGCUCGCGACCUCCUCAACAUGGAUCUCUGCGCUGAGCGCUUCCGUCGCUGCUUCGGUUUAUGUGGCCUCCCUUUCCCCCGCCCCGCCGACGGCCGCAAUCUCCCAUCCUCCGCCAGCGCCGGCCGUGCCCGUCCUAAGAUCAUUACCAGUGAUCCCUACACCAAAGUCGUCGUCGCCGGCGCCACUGUCGCUCGCACCCACGUCAUCCCCAACACUGAGGACCCCGUCUGGCGCCAGCGCUUCAGGAUUCCGCUCGCGCAUUGCGCUGCCAAGAUCGAAUUCCAGGUCAAGGACAAUGACUUGUUCGGCUCUCAGCUCAUCGGGACCGCCACCAUCCCUGCUGCCCUCGUCGCCUCGGUCGGUCUGUCCCAGGAAUGGCUCCCGAUCAUCGCACCUACCGGGCGGCCGCCAAAGCCAGACUCCGCUCUCCUGGUGUCCUUGUCAUUUACCCCCGUGGAAGCGAAUCCGCUGUACCGGCAUGGGAUUGCUGGCGAUCGCAAACACUUGGGGGUGAGCGACACUUAUUUCCAUCUGAGGAAGGGGGGGAAGGUAACCCUCUACCAGGAUGCACAUGUGAGGGCAGGAGAGCUUCCUGGGAUCGAAUUGGAGGGUGGGAAGGUGUUUCAGCAGGGCAAGUGCUGGGAAGACAUAUGCCAUGCGAUCUUGGAGGCUCAUCAUUUGAUUUAUAUUGUUGGAUGGUCGCUCUAUGACAAGGUUAAGUUGGUAAGGGAGCCGACCAGGCUAUUACCGGCAGCUGGGAAAUGUACUUUAGGAGAGCUGCUGAAGUACAAGUCAGAGGAGGGCGUCCGUGUGUGUGUGCUGGUCUGGGAUGACAAGACUUCACAUGAUAAGUACUUCUUCAAGAGUGCGGGAGUGAUGCAAACUCAUGAUGAAGAAAUAAGGAAGUUUUUCAAGCAUUCAUCUGUGAUCUGUGUGCUGUCACCACGUUAUGCAAGUGGAAAGCUUAGCAUGGUUAAGCAACAGGUUGUGGGGACUCUCUACACACACCACCAGAAAUGCUUACUUGUUGACACAGAGGCUUCUCCAAGUACAAGAAAAAUUACUGCUUUCCUUGGAGGUCUCGAUCUUUGUGAUGGCCGCUAUGAUACACCCCAACAUAGACUCUUUCAAGAUCUUGAAUCAGUGUAUGAUAAUGACUUUCAUAAUCCCAUAUUAAGUAUACAAAGUAAGGGCCCAAGGGAACCAUGGCAUGAUCUACAUUGCAAAAUUGAAGGGCCUGCUGCUUAUGAUGUACUUAAGAAUUUUGAGCAGCGUUGGAAGAAGGCAACACAAUUUCAUGUAUUUAGGAAGCAUUUGAAAAACGUAACCCGCUGGCAGGAUGAUGCUUUAAUAAAGAUAGACCGUAUCUCAUGGAUACUCAGUCCUUCACCUUCACACACUAAUGCACAUGGUGAUCCAAAUAUAUGGGUCACCAGUGAAGAAGAUUGUGAGAACUGGCAUGUUCAGGUCUUCCGGUCUAUUGACUCUGGAUCUGUAAAAGGAUUUCCUAAAUCUGUUGAUGAAGCUGGAUCUAUGAAUCUUGUAUGUUCAAAAAAUCUGGUGAUUGACAAGAGCAUCCAUACAGCAUAUGUGAAAGCCAUCAGGUCUGCACGCCACUUCAUAUACAUUGAAAACCAGUAUUUUCUUGGUUCAUCCUAUGGUUGGCUGUCUUAUGACAAUGCUGCAGGAGCUGACAAUUUGAUCCCAAUGGAGUUGGCACUGAAGAUUGCUAGCAAAAUUAGAGCUGGAGAGAGGUUUGCUGUAUACAUAGUUAUACCAAUGUGGCCUGAGGGAGUCCCUACGUCUAAUUACGUUCAAGAGAUCCUUUAUUGGCAGGGCCAAACAAUGAAGAUGAUGUAUAGCAUCAUUGGAGAGGAGCUCAAAUCAACAAACAAUGACAAGGCUCAUCCGCAAGAGUACUUAAAUUUUUACUGUCUUGGCAAACGAGAACUCCCGAAUCAUACCAUCCAUUCAACUACCCAAGUAUCAAAUGAGGUAGUUUCGUCUGAAAAGUAUCGUCGGUUCAUGAUUUAUGUCCAUGCAAAAGGGAUGGUAGUAGAUGAUGAAUAUGUGAUUUUGGGAUCCGCCAAUAUCAAUCAAAGAUCCCUGGAUGGUUCAAGAGAUACUGAAAUUGCUAUGGGUGCAUAUCAACCUUAUUAUACCUGGGAGUCAAAAAGAAUACAUCCACAGGGCCAGAUCUAUGGAUACAGGAUGUCGUUAUGGGCUGAGCAUCUUGGUGGGGUGGAUCCACUUUUUAAGGAGCCUCACAGUUUGGAUUGUGUAAAGUAUGUUAACAAGUUAGCUGAGGAGAACUGGAGCCGAUAUAAUGCCGAGGAUAUAAUUCCAUUGAAAGGCCAUCUUCUCAUGUAUCCUAUUAGUGUUGAUGCUGAUGGUAAAGUGGAGCCAUUGCCCGGCAAAGAAACCUUUCCUGAUGUUGGUGGUAAGGUUUUAGGAGAGCCUACUACUCCACUCCCAGACGAGCUAACCAUGUGAUCCAAUGUUUUUCUUCCAAGCAGCCAAACUUUGACCAGUAAAUUCAGUCCCCACUUCUGCACAAAUAUUUUCUCGUACCUUUUCCAAUUUAAAGAUAACCUGUGGUAGAUGCUAACUGUAAAACAAAUGAUGG